AUGACCGACGACCAUAUGGUGUCAAUCCAGCCGAAGAACCCGGGAAGCCCUACUGCAGAGCCACAGUAUGUUUGGGAUGGAUCGGAUAACGGACAGCUGUGGGUGACGAAAGAAGCAGUCAACACCUACGGCGUGAAGACAAUCUACGCUAAUGCUUGGAGCGCGCCGGGGUACAUGAAGACGAAUGGCAAUGAUGCUGGCGGCGGAAAUCUGAAGGGUGAAUGGUCGCAGGCGUAUGCGGAUUAUUUGGCACAGUACAUCAAAUUCUAUCAAGCCGAAGACAUCACCAUUACCCACGUAGGGUUUCUGAAUGAGCCCGACUUGUCGACCUCCGUCGAAUCUAUGAUGGGCGUUGUUACCGGCCAUAGCUACACCUCGGGACCUUCAUCGCCGCUUUCGACGCAACUGAAGUCGUGGAUGACCGAGGCCGGAGACAAUGAAGGAGGCUGGACUGCGGCUUGGUCUCAGGGUGGUGGCCCGGGAGAGGGCCUAACGUGGGCGAACAAUAUCCAUUCCGCUAUCACCAACGGAAAUGUGUCUGCAUACCUGUACUGGAUCGGUGCCCAAGACAGGCCGAGCAACACGAACAGCAAGUUGAUCCGAGUCAAUAAUGGCAAGGUCGAGCCGUCGAAGAGACUUUGGGCUUUCGCGAACUGGAGCCGCUUCGUCCGCCCAGGGGCCGUUCGCGUUGGUGCUCAAGUCAUCAACGGUGGUAACGACCAAUCUGUGACAAUCAACGUUUCUGGCGACGACGCAUAUGUUAUCGCGACAGCUUGGGUCACCGACAAUACGAGGGACUGCGAUGAGAUCACAGCUACCCUCGGCACGGACGGCAAGAGUGUAUCUGGUAAUGUCCCUGCGCGAAGCAUGGUGACAUUUGUGUUGCGCCCGGUUGCUGAAAGCCCCGAGGAGGCUCCGGAGGAAUCCCCUGCGGAAGACCCUGUUGAGAGCCCGUGA